AUGUUGAGCUUGAUGCCUGCUUCAAAGUCGAGAAUCCGGCUUUUUACGGUCACGCACCCUAAUAAACGCCGCCAGAUGACGAGGGCCAUUCCAGAGGUCCGUACGCCUAUUACUAUCUUUGCUGAUGAUGAUGUGAGUUGGCCAAACACAGUACUUCCAUGGAUUCUGGCACCAUUCGAGAAGGAUGAGCGAUACGGAGGUGUAGUGACCUGCCAAAGGCUUCGUCGUGCUGCAGCACCAACAUUCUCCCAGAGAAUUUGGGGGUUUUUAGGAGCUCUUUACUUAGAGAGAAGAAACUUUGACUGCGCGGCCACGACGCAUGUUGAUGGAGGUCUUCCCUGUAUGUCGGGGCGAACUGUGGCGUAUAGAACGGACAUUUUGCAAGACGAGGGCUUUACUUAUGCUUUCACAAAUGAGGAAUGGUGGUUUGGCAGAUAUCAACUGAACGCCGACGACGAUAACUUCAUUACACGUUGGAUGGUGUCACAUGGCUGGGAGACCUUUAUGCAGUACCACCCCGAAGCUGAAGUCCUGACUACCUUGGAAGAUAACCCCAAAUUUUUGAAGCAAUGCGCACGAUGGUCUCGGAGCAAUUGGAGGAGCAACCUUACUAGUAUGUUCCAUGAAAAGCAUAUCUGGUAUCGCCAGCCAUGGAGCGCAUACGCUGUCCAUCUGACCACCUUGUCACCUCCGGCUCUCUUAGGCGACUUGCUACUCGUCCUCCUGUGCCACAAAGCCACGGCCUCUUGGGAGGAAGAUUCACACGCACUCGCAAUGCAAACCCUCGGGGUAUGGAUGUUUGUUAGCAAAUUCAUCAAACUUUUGGGGCAUUAUAUCCGAUACCCCGUUGACUUCUUACUCUUACCUGUGUCUAUCCUCUUUGGGUAUUUUCACGGAGGAAUAAAGAUGUACGCAGUCAUGACUCUCAACGUGACCACAUGGGGUAGCAGAGAUGGUGCUGACGAUUACGACGCUGAGCGUAUGAAAAAGCGGACAGGCAGUGACCGUCCGAAGUCACCUUAUUACCCGAAGUUCAUCACCCAAUAA